CACGCUCGUUUUGUUUUACAACAAUGGCGAACGAAGUUCGGUGUGUCGAUGUUGUGAAUUAAUAAAGCAUCUUUAUUAGUUUCACACGCAACGUAUGACUCGCAGUUGGAUCUCGAUUGCGUCGACGCUUAGCAAAGAUCGAUCGGAGUAAGAGUUUUGAUAUUUUUCACAUCAAUUGAAUCUGAUAUUUUCAACGUCGGAUUUAAUUGUCGAGCUCAUCAGAGACUAAAGCGACCUCUCUUCUGAAAUCAAUUGAAUUGCAUAAGUUUAAUUUGCCGUCGUCAUCAGACCGCUAUGUUCUCGCCUCUUAUGUCUAAGUUUCGGGCCACUGUUUUAACUCUUUGAGUCUCACAAAAUUCAACAUUUGUGCGUUUGAAAAGUUCAAUUUGAAAAGUGGGCUCAGCAGAAGAGGAUUAAAUUAUUAGUAUGAAAAAAUUAGAAAAAUAUUGGUAUUUUAUAAAAUGCCUAAUUUGGCUUCCGUUAGUGCGUCUUUCCCGGAUUUGUUCCCGACGUUUCGCGUACAUUUCAGUUCACUUCAGGGAGAGGAACGACCCGAAACUCACUGCAAUCAUUAGAAAAUACCGGUGAAAAUUCAAUUUUCACUUAAAACCGCUGUAAUAAGGAUUAUUGUACCGAAUAAUGCAACUGCUUCUGCUACUGUAAAUAGACAGAUCGAUCGGAAUCCUUUCAUUUUUGGAGAUACAUCCUUCGAAGGAUAUACGCCGAGACUCGGAGAGUUAAAAGAUCGCGCUGUAGGAUCGACGAUUCCAUCGCCGUGGAUCAUCAAAAGUCACUAGCCGAGACCACUAAGAAUUAGACGAUUUUCUAACGAUUCUCUACAUUGGCAGUCCUGUCCGGAUCGCAAUAUGGCGCGAGCUGAAGUUUGAAACACGAGCCGCGCUAGGUUAGGUCGACCACGAGAUAUCCGCGCCACACUCGAGAGGUGUCACGACACACACCAUCUGACGCGUCGAGUGGCUGAACAAACAGCCGAAGGUACGUUUAAUCCUCCGCUCUCCAAGAAAAGAAAGAAAGAAAAAGCAGACACAAUCUGUGCUCGAAGAUGCAAGUGAAUUACUACGAAGUGCUCGGCUGCGAGAAGGAGGCUUCUCACGAGGAGAUCAAGCGGGCUUACCACGAGCGCCUGCUGCGCUUCCAUCCGGACAAGAACGACGCCUCGAAGAGGGACGCCCACAGAUUCCACGAGGUCCAAGAAGCCUGGAGAAUGUUGGGGGAUCCGCGAUCCAGGAGGCGGUACGACGCGGUCCGCAGGCAGGAGAAACUGGAGGACGAGGGCGGACUCGUGUACGCGCGUCUCAAAGUCGAUGAGCUCGAGGAGAGCGUCUUCGGCGACACGUUAUUCUAUCGCUGCAGAUGCGGCGACCGUUACUUCGUCGAGAUCGAAGAUCUCUCGGAGAAGAACAGCGUGCUGCAGGUGAACUGCGAAAGCUGCACGUUCAUCAUCCUCGUGGAAACAUAGUACGGACGACAUAACGAUUCAGACUGAGAAGAAAUGACGAUGUUUUCACUGACACCGGAAACACCUCUCUCUCUCUCUCUCGAUAUGCAGCUGCGUACAGGCAUUUUCCUCGAAGAUGCGUGAUGCCUUAAGAAAGCAAGACUGACUUCUCUCGAAGAUGCGUUACGUACCUGGGCGAAGGCACGAACGAGCUCAUGGUUGUGAUCGAUAACGCGACGAUAGUCGGAUAAUUCGAGGUGUGCGUUAACCUUCCCCUUCUUGACCCCCCUCCGCGUUUGGUUGUACAGCGCAACGAGACAAGAUCCACAGUUUAUGUAGAAAGAGGUCGAAAUCGAAUAUUUAUUUUGUACAAAAUAUGUUUCUUAGCACAAGGACGUCGUGUGUGCGUGCGCGCGUAUGUGUGUGUG